AGAAAAGCAACUUCGGUCGAUUUGUAUCCGUGUUCGGUACCUAUCAACUAGAGGAACUACUGUAGCUGCAAGCCAAGCACGUGUGUCGGUGACAGAAAGAAGAGACAAAAAGAAUGGCAGAUGGUGGUGGUGAUGAGGAAAUUAUCCGGAAGGCUGAUGAGUUAGAGGAGGCUGCUGAGUGGCAUAAGCAACGUGAAUUUCUUGCAGCUCAUCUCGACAGCUCAAAUCCUGACGUUUUGUGGAGGGUUUGUAGAGCAAUCGAAAAUGUGCUAGGAUUUCCUGAUGUGAAAAAGGAUGCCAAGAAAAAGAUGGCUUAUGAAAGCUUUGAGUGUGCCAAGAAGGCUUUGGAAUUGGGACCGGAAAACUCUAACUGCCAUCAGAUGUAUGCUGUUGCUUUGUCGGAAAUUGGGGAAUUUGAAGGAUCGAAAGCCAUGAUAAACAAUUUGCCUACAAUCAAAGAACAUUUCCAAAAAGCAGUCGAAUUGAAUCCAGAGGAUGCGAUGUCUCAUUACCUCCUUGGGAUGUGGUGCUUUGGAGUCACCGAUUUGUCGUGGAUCGAGCGCAAGCUUGCCAGCACACUAUUCGGCGCUCCACCUAAGUCAACAUUCGAAGAGGCUUUGGAGAGUUUCAAGUCUGGCGAAGAGAAAAAGCCCGGUUUCUAUUGUGACAACCGGAUGAUGCUCGGUAAAACUCACAUGAAGUUGGGCCACAAAGAUGAGGCAAGAGAGUGGCUCAAGAAGGCACUGGAAUGUCCUGUCCGACAUCCUGAUGACCAGAAGUCUCAAGAUGAAGCAAAGAAGCUCCUUCGUUCUCUGUAAGAGCAGAUUUGCUGAAAGGACUUGAAAUAGUGUCUGCUGUGGUGUAGAAUAGAGUGGCUUGUGUUCUUGUAGAGCUAUUUCAUGCAAUUGACUGUUUCGUGGUGCAUGUGAGACUGUACUGAUUCAACUAUGAUUGUGAAGUUGCUGGUUGCUAGUGCUAAUCCAGUGUACAUGUUCUAGGUGAUUCGGUCAA